GGGUCCGUGGAUCCAGCUGGUCUGUGAGGGAUUGCUGACCUGAUAAUAAACAUGGAAGUGUCUCUUGAAGUUCUGCUGUCUACUAGCAUCAAGAGGAAGAAGCCCUGCGCAAGUCUUUGCUGGUUGGGGCAGGAAAAGGAAGCUGUUUUCCUGGUGGAUGAGAAUCGUAUCCGUGAGGUCAGCCUGCGCUCGGGCAAUGUGAAGAAGCCAUUACUUAAAAAAAGCAGAAUUGUGACCCUUGCUACAUCUGCUAAUGGAGCCUGGCUGGCUGCUUUGAAUGUCUCUGGGGAACUAUCACUAUGGAGUAAGGACCUGGACUGUUGCUCACAGUUCCAGCUAUUGCAGACAUCUCCCAGCUGAUUUCACUUGCACAAGAAACCUUGUUGAAGCUGUACCUGUGUGUGUCAGAAGAUGGCAGUAGGGUACUCAUGGCCAAUCACACAGGAUGUGUGUACCUGUGGGAAAAACACAGAGGAAAAGAAUCGGCCAAAUCCUCCGAAAACCAGGACCCUUUCAGGCCGGUGGACUAAAAUUGAACCUCAUGAUGCGGUUGUGUUUCCAAGCACAGAGGAUAAAGAAGCGACAGUCCAUGCCAUGUUUUUAAAGAGCCAGGUGUUGGGAGACAGCUGUUUAUGUACGUUUGUCUUCUACUCUGGAGCCCAUCUCAUGAUGACAUUUCUUUCUCUGCGCUGGCUUGAGGGUGAUCAAAAGUACAAUAG